AUGGAGCAGAUCACCGACUUUCUCUGCAGGUAUAACAACUACAACUUUUUCAUUGGUGCCAACACUGCAGAGUACAUUGAUUCACUCCAGAGCUUCGAAAUUCGAGAGAGUGACACAUUUCUUGUCACUUAUCCAAAGUCAGGCACUACAUGGGCUCAGCAGAUCAUCAUCUCCAUCUGUGAGUUAGACGGGGGCCUGACUGAGUAUCCAAACAACUUAGAGCAUAUGCCGUGGCUGGAGUACAAGUUGGUUCCACAAGAUUACGCCCUACGACCCUCUCCACGGCUCUUCGCCUCUCACCUCACCCCGGCUCUCAUGCCUCCGGGACUGAAGGACAAGAAGGCUAAGAUUAUCUAUGUGAUGCGCAACCCAAAGGACAACAUUGUCUCCUUUUACCACUUCAGCAAAGCCAACAGAGACCUGGAGACUCCCAAGAACUUUGACCACUUUUUUGAGGAGUAUUUGAUGGGCAACGUUGUAGGAUCAUCCUGGUUCGACCACAUCAGGGUGUGGCAUUCAAUGAGAGACGAGUACAACAUCCUCUUUCUGACCUACGAGGACAUGGUUUUGGACCUGAAGGCGGCAGUAACUAAGAUCUGCAUUUUCUUAGGGAAGAACCUGAGUGAAGCAGCCAUUGAGCAAGUUGUAGAAAAAUCUACAUUCAUGAACAUGAAGAAAGACUCAAAAGCAAACUACGAUUUUCUGCUGCAAGAUAGGAUGAAGGGAGACUUCAUGCGCAAAGGUAAUAUCGGUGACUGGAAGAACACCUUUACUGUCGCUCAGAGUGAAAGAGUGGAUCAACUCCUUCAGGAGAAACUCGGUGACCUGUCUCUGAAGUUCAUCUGGGAAUAAGCAGAGCAGCCGCACCAGCCAUUCACUGCCACUGUGUCUGUAUGUGUCUUAGAUGUACAUCAUAUAGAGUAGCUGCUAAUGUGUAAACUGUUGAUAUGCAUCACAAAACUCUUUCUGACCCAUGUUUGGACUUCUGUGCUUGGACAAACUGAACAUCCAUAAGCAGAAAACACUAAUAAAUGC